CAGGUCUUCCAGCACGCCGUGCCCGCCGAGGGCAAGCCCGUCACCAACCAGAAGAACUCCGGGAGAUGUUGGAUCUUUUCCUGUCUCAACGCAAUGCGUCUUCCUUUCAUGAAGAAAUACAACAUCGAAGAGUUUGAAUUCAGCCAGUCAUAUCUCUUUUUCUGGGAUAAGGUUGAACGCUGUUACUACUUUUUAAAUGCCUUCGUGGAAACGGCUCAGAAAAAGGAGCCUGUGGAAGGAAGGCUGAUACAGUUCCUGCUCUCCAACCCCACGAACGACGGUGGACAGUGGGAUAUGCUGGUCAAUCUUAUCGAAAAGUAUGGUGUUGUCCCCAAGAAAUACUUCCCGGAGUCUCAUACCACAGAGGCAACCAGAAGGAUGAACGAGAUCCUGAACCAUAAGAUGAGAGAAUACUGCUUGCGGCUAAGAAACAUGGUGGAAAGUGGAACACUUAAAGGAGAACUCUGUGCUGCAAUGGACACGAUGAUAGAAGAGGUGUUCCGAAUAGUGAGUACUUGCCUGGGCAGCCCUCCGGAGAACUUCUGCUGGGAGUUCCGGGAUAAGGAGAAGAACUACCACAAAUACGGCCCUGUGACACCGGUCCAGUUCUACAACGAGCACGUCAAGCCUUACUUCAACAUGGAGGACAAGAUUUGUCUAGUAAACGAUCCUCGACCUCAGAACCCGUACAACAGGCUGUACACGGUGGAGUACCUGGGCAACAUGGUAGGAGGGAGAAAAACACUCUACAACAACCAGCCUGUCGAUGUCUUGAAAAAAUUAGCUGCUGCAUCCAUUAAGAAUGGCGAGGCUGUGUGGUUUGGCUGCGAUGUUGCAAAGCACUUCUACGGCAAGCUGGGAAUCAACGACUUGAAUAUAUUUAAUCACGAGCUGGUGUUUGGUGUCUCCAUCAAGAACAUGAACAAGGCGGAGAGGUUAAUCUUCGGAGAAUCCAUGAUGACCCAUGCCAUGGUCCUGACAGCCGUCACCGAGAAGGAUGGGCAAGAAGAGGCGUUUGAAAAAUGGAGAGUGGAAAACUCCUGGGGUGAAGACCGUGGUAAUAAAGGUUACCUGAUCAUGACCGAUGACUGGUUCUCGGAGUACGUGUACGAAGUGGUGGUGGAUAAGAAGCACGUACCAGAAGACGUCUUGGCAGUGAUGCAGCAAGAACCCAUCGUUUUGCCAGCUUGGGACCCUAUGGGGGCUUUAGCCAAGUGAACUCCAGAGUAUUUGCCUCCUAACGGUCAACCAGAAGUAGAUGCAAUAGAGAACUCCAGUGGUCGGAAGCCAUAGCCAAAUGAUAACGUGACCAAGCACUUGGCGCGGUCUGUUUUCUUCAGCUGUAAGUUAAGGAUUUGGGGAAAAGCGCUUUAGUGACCUGGCUGAAAAAAAGCUCUCCGACUAUUCCGCAAAACUAAAAAGGGGAAAGGAACAAGCUCAUAAUGAAA